GGCGUGCCUCUCCCAAUCCUACUAGCGUUGCUCUCCGUCCCCACGCUUUGCGAUCUUCGCAUAUCAGGCUACCUCUAUAAUCGCCAGAGCCACACGCUGCUGGAGGGUGAGCACGAGCCACUCAAACUUCCCCCUCUCAUGUCGCUCGUGUACACCGUCCACAUUCUCCGCCACCAGCCUUGCACCUUCAAAUCUGAGGCCGCACUGCUCAAACGCAUCGUACCGCGCCUCAACAGCACUCUCCACACCCUGGAGAUACCGGUGGAGAACGCUCCUUUGCAAGAGAUGCACGACUGUACCUGGUCGCACCUUCGCCACUUCACGCUUUACGGUAUACUUCCACCCACUCACGCGACGCACGUCCCUCUGAUCGCCGUACUCGCUCGGAUGCCUCGCCUCCGCUACCUACACCUCCGGUUCUCCAGGCGUCCCAGCGACAUACCUCAGGCCAUAUGGCCGAUUGAUUACGACGCCACUGUCGAGUGGCCGGAGUUGGAAGAGUUACUGGCCACGCAUCCCGUCCCGGAAGACCAGCUGUGGUCGCACAUCCCUCCCAUCCUCCGGUCAAUUUCUUUUCCUUCUUGUCCCUCUCCGUGGGAAGUGAAGGAAGCUUCUCGUGAGGAUUGGCUUCAGAAGCGAAAUGAGUUGGUGUUGGAUGUGACGCCGUUGCGAAUCGCUGCCGCACUUCAAGUACUUCAGAAACUCGAUCUCCCCCUCCUCAAGUCGCUUUCCAUCGCCUACGAAGUCGACGCCAAUGAGGGACAACUUCUGGACUACCUCGUCCAAACCUUUCGUCAUUUGGACACUGUCGGUCUACAUCGC